AUGGAUGAGAUCGCGCCCGAGUACGAUGUCGUGGUGCUGGGCACCGGCUUGACCGAGUGCGUUUUGUCUGGCGUCCUGAGUGUGAAGGGGAACAAGGUCCUCCACAUCGACCGCAACGACCACUACGGAGGAGAGGCCGCCUCCGUCAACAUUGAGACACUGUUCAAGAAGUACCGCAAUGUCGCUCCCGGCGAGGAGCCCUGGAAGAAGUACGGACGUGUGAACGACUGGAACAUCGACCUGGUCCCCAAGCUGCUGAUGGCCAACGGCGAAUUGACAAACAUUUUGGUUUCCACCGACGUGACGCGAUACCUGGAGUUCAAGCAGAUCGCUGGCAGUUACGUCCAGCAGGGCAAGGGUCCUAAGGCGACCGUCGCCAAGGUGCCCUCCGAUGCCGGUGAGGCUUUGCGCUCUUCCCUCAUGGGUCUUUUCGAGAAGCGCCGCGCCAAGAAGUUCCUUGAAUGGGUUGGAGAGUUCAAGGAGGACGAUUCAGCGACCCACCUGGGCCUGAAUGUCAACGCUUGCACCAUGAAGGAGGUUUAUGACAAAUUUGGUCUUGAGGAGAAUACCCGGGAUUUCGAUAAUUACAUCUCCACUCCCGGCAUGGCCGUGGAGGCUAUUAACCGAAUCCGCCUUUAUGUCAAUUCCAUGGCUCGCUAUGGCAAGUCCCCUUACAUCUACCCUCUCUAUGGCUUGGGUGAGCUUCCCCAGGGCUUUGCUCGUUUGUCCGCUAUCUACGGUGGCACAUACAUGCUGAACACCGACAUCGACGAGGUGCUCUAUGAUGACAGCGGCAAGGUCUGCGGUAUCAAGGCUACCAUGAAGGACCGGGAUGACCAGUCUGAGGCCAUGAAGUUUGAGACCAAAACUAAGAAGAUUAUCGCCGAUCCUUCCUACUUUCCCAGCAAGGUUCGGGUCAGCGGAUACCUUAUCAAGGCUAUCUGUAUCCUGAAGCACCCCAUUGACAAGACCGACGGCAGUGAUUCGCUGCAGCUAAUCAUUCCUCAGUCCCAGGUUGGACGCAAGCACGAUAUCUACAUUGCGAUGGUCUCUUCCGCACACAACGUCUGCCCCAAGGGCUACUACAUUGCCAUCGUCUCGACUAUUGCCGAGAAUGAUACUAACCAUCAUCUUGAGCUUGAGGCCGGCUUUGAGCGUCUGGGUGAGAUUGAGGAGAAGUUCAUGGGUCCUCCCAUCCCGCUCUACGAGCCUCUGGAGAGCGGCGAAAAGGACAACAUCUUCAUUUCCAAGAGCUACGAUGCCACAUCUCACUUUGAGACCACAACUUACGACGUCAGAGAUAUGUACCGUCGUGCAGCCGGCGAAGAGCUGAAGGUUGAGGGACUCCGAGAGGACCAGCAGCUGGCUCAGGAGUAG